AUGCCAAUUUUGGAUAAGUGCGAGUCUGAGCAAGUCAGUAACAAUUAUUCGUGGACUCCGUCGAAGCUUAUCAGCAGAUUAGGAGCCGAGAUUAAUGACGCACGAUCAAUUUGCUUUUGGGCAUAUCGCAAUCGUAUUCCCAUUUUUUGCCCCGCACUAACCGACGGUUCAAUUGGUGACAUGCUGUAUUUUCAUUCUUAUCGGAGAGGCGGAUUGAAACUGGACAUAGUAGAGGAUUUGCGUCAUCUCAAUACAAUGGCCGUGAAAUCUGUUCGUACGGGUGUGCUGAUUCUCGGCGGUGGCGUCGUUAAGCACCACAUCAAUAAUGCAAAUUUGAUGAGAAAUGGUUCUGAUUUUACUGUCUACGUGAACACUGGUCAGGAGUUUGAUGGAAGUGAUUCCGGGGCACGGCCAGAUGAAGCUGUGAGUUGGGGAAAAAUCAAGGCUGACUGUAAAGCAGUAAAAGUGUGUGCCGAUGCUUCACUUGUGUUUCCGCUGCUGGUUGCGAAGACAUUCGCAGCUCAUGUUCGAAAGAAAAAACCCCUGAUGAACGAUGUACAAAGCACCAGAGAGCAGAGUCGAAACGCUGAGCCAACGUCUAAAAUAGAACAAAAACGGAUCUGA